AAGAGAGAGAGAGAGAGAGAGAGAGGCAUCGUCUCGACAACACCCAGCGAGCGAAGGAGGGAGGCCAUGAGGCGGCAGAGGGGGUUCCUCUUCCCAUCGAGCGGCUCAUCGGUGAGGAAUCCCCCGCCUUUGGAGAGAGCGGAGGGAGAGGAGGAGGAGGAGGAGGAAGGCGGCGAUCGGAGGGGAGGAGCGGAGGUGGACGCGGGGGCGGGCGCGAAGGAGGAGGAGCGAUGGUCGAGGAUGCUGCCGGAGCUGCUGGGAGAGAUCGUGAGGAGGGUGGAGUCGAGCGACGGGCGGUGGCCGCUGCGGAAGAGCGUGGUGUCUUGCGCCUGCGUCUGCCGUAGGUGGCGCGAGGUCACCACCGGCGUCGUCAGGCCGCCCACCGAAACCGGCAAGAUAACCUUCCCUGCUUCCCUAAAACAGCCUGGCCCGAGGGACCUUCCAAUUCAGUGCUUUAUUAGGAGGAACAAGAAGAACUCCACGUUCUAUCUGUAUCUCAGCUUGACCCAGACAUUCGUGGAUAAGGGAAAAUUUCUAUUGGCGGCUCAAAGAUUUAGGCAUGGUGCCCAUGUAGAGUACAUAAUCUCUCUUAAUGCUGAUGAUCUAUCACAAGGCAGCAAUGCAUAUGUGGGAAAAUUGAGAUCUGAUUUUUUCGGCACCAAGUUUAAGAUCUAUGAUAGCCGAUCUCCGUGUCAACCCGGUGGUGCCAAGGCAUCGAGCUGUCGAUCGAGCCGCCGUUUUGCCAGCAAUCAAAUAAGCCCACAGGUCCCAGCGGGCAAUUUCGUGAUUAGUCAGGUAUCCUACAAAUUCAAUCUUCUUAAAACAAGAGGGCCGAGAAGAAUGCUGUGCACUCUGAAGUGCCCUGCAAUGGUGCCCUCGGCAUCGGAUGCCGGAACCAUGGUCCUAAAAAACAAAGCUCCAAGGUGGCACGAGAACUUGCAGUGCUGGUGCCUGAACUUCCAUGGUCGCGUCACGGUUGCCUCGGUGAAGAACUUCCAGCUGGUGGCAUCAUCGGAUGCCCCCAACCGAGCAGGGGGCGCUGAUGACGAUGGCGACGACCCUGUGCUACUCCAGUUUGGGAAGGUAGGGGACGACAUGUUCACCAUGGACUACAGGGAGCCGCUGUCGGCCUUCCAGGCAUUUGCCAUCUGCCUCACCAGCUUCGGCACAAAGUUUGCUUGUGAAUAGAAAGCCUUCUCUUGAUGCUCAAGCGGUCAUGUACUUCUGGACUUGAAUGCCUGAGUGUCUAAUGAAAUCGGUAAUUUAGCCGAGGCGGGUGCGGCGAUGGAGGACGGACGCUGACAGUCGAAUUAGUGGGCCUGUAAUGGGCUCACGCUGUAGUAAGGCCUGUAAUGGACCCAUUUUCCUUUUAAUGUGAUGGCUCAAAAUUUAUCUCAAA